AAACAAGAGGGUCGAUAAAACACAGUAUCCGCCGUCCGGUCCACCCGUUAAAGCCGUCCCUCCCCAGCAGCGGCGGAGGGUGUUGUCUGGUGUUAAACGCAGUGAUACAUCGCGGGAGCCUAUAACCUGCUGACGGACCCAGUGACGCCGUGCGGCCGCAUCCGCGUAGGGCGCAACGCGACAAUUCGCGGAGACAUUUCAGUUUUUUUCUGCCUCGGUUAUCGCCACAGCGGCUCGAACGUCGGUCCAUCAUGGAGACAAAGCCGGUCAUCACCUGCCUUAAAACCCUCCUCAUCGUCUACUCCUUCGUGUUUUGGAUAACAGGAGCCAUCCUGCUGGCAGUCGGAGUAUGGGGGAAGCUGAUGCUUGGGCCGUACAUCUCUCUGAUCGCUGACAACUCCACCAACGCCCCGUACGUCCUCAUCGGCACCGGGACUGUCAUCAUCGUUUUUGGCCUGUUUGGAUGCUUCGCCACCUGCAGAGGAAGCCCAUGGAUGCUGAAGCUGUAUGCCAUGUUCCUGUCCCUCGUCUUCCUUGCCGAGCUGGUGGCAGGAAUCUCUGGAUUUGUAUUUCGCCACGAGAUAAAGGGAACUUUUCGCAGAACGUACACCGACGCGGUCCUGAACUACAACACCCAGGAUGAGGCCAGCCGAGCUGUGGACUACUUGCAGAACAAGCUGCGCUGCUGUGGUGUCUACAACUACACCAGCUGGUUUGCUAGUGUGUAUUACCCCGCCAACGGCAUUCCUCCAAGCUGCUGCUUUAACUCCUCUGACUGCAGUUCUGAUGACCUCCGCAAUGCAACCGUGGCCCCAAAUAAAGUCUACCACCAGGGCUGCUUUGAGUUGGUCACUUCGUUCAUGGAAACCAACAUGGCCAUCAUUGCUGGGGUGACGUUUGGAAUCGCCUUCUCACAGCUGAUCGGCAUGUUGCUCGCCUGCUGUCUGUCCAGGAUCAUCACAGCCAACCAGUAUGAGAUGGUCUAGCUGAUGGGACGUGGCAGGGGUUUGAAGAAAAAGAGGCAUUUGAGUCUUGGCACAAGACAAGGAAAUUCCCCAAACGGAAUCUGGAUUGGAAUUUACCACCGUCCGUCUCUCAGCCCGUGAUCUUAAUGUAAUAUCUUAAUGUAUCUUAUUGUAAAGCACCAUUCCUCGACUUAAAGCUUCAAGCACACAUUGCACCGCUUCUUUACGUACAAGAUGUCCAUCGUAAGCAGGAACCAGUGCAGCUCCAACGCAAGCCAGUAAAAUGUAGACGUUUGAGGCGCCAACAGCCAUGCUUUCUUUAAACGCCUGCUGCACAUCCUUGUACAGACUGACGUAGCUUAAGCCUGAAAGUAAUCCUUUAGUAGUCUGAUUUAGUUUUGCACUUAAAUUUGCUCUCGCUAAUCAUUGUAAACUUUUACGAUUGUGAGUCGUGUACCAACGUAUCAGGUGAGAAAGAAGAUCUAGACUAUUUUUUACCGUAACAAGAUAAAGAUCGAUAUUUUUUUGUCCAAAAUUAUACAGAUGGGAAAUUAUGACUUAAUUUGAAUACCAAUUAAAGCUUUAUGAAGGAUUUAACAAAUGUGAAUUGUGUUGUAGAACUUCCACUGUGACUUCAGGUCAAAACAACUUAAGCUAAACUUUUUAGCUUCUAAAUGCACUCUUUUGUUUGCUAUUCAAUCAGCUUUAUGAGGGGAAAAUGCAUUCAGACGAGUCAGAGGGCCUUGUAACAAAAGCUGUUUCGAGACAUUCAAAAAUACUGAUUAUUCAGCCACUCGAUAAAAACUAUUCUCUUAAUUUGCUUUCACGAUGGUAAAAAAAGGUCACAUUUUCGCAAAAGAGAGUUUGGUUCCCUGUGCCCUUGGGCUCUUGAAGAUUCAAAGCAUUGACUGAGUACCUUCAUUUCUCUCACUUGACUUUCUUCCCUUUACCUUGUGGCAUUUUUCAGUGAAUUUAAACAAAAGACACUUAGGAAGUAACCAUAGAAGUUCUGGUUUUCAAACACAGCAGCCCUUCCCCGACAUUCUCUGCUAAUAAGCAGCGCCAAGGCUAACGUCUUAACGGUUCAAGCUAAUUGUUUUUGGCUCACAAAGUUGCCUCUUUGUCCACAGUCGUACUUCUGAACUUGAAAAGCCAAAUUUUGAUUUUUUUGUGAGUGCAGAUAUGUUAUGUCAUUGAAAUAUUCAGAGGCAGAACUCUAACAUAGUUUUGGGAUUCACAGGUUAAGUAAAAAAUCAGUUCAAUUCUAGUUUACAAGGGCAGAAUGUAAUCAAAAUUUGAUUGUUUCACCUGCCCAUUGACUCAGUCCAGUGUCAACAUCAUAUGCCAAAAGGGCAUUUUAGCACAUGCAAAAUUUUAGCGCAUAUGCAAAAAUAUGAUUUUAGCGUAUGGUGUUGACGCUAAACUGUCGCUUCCCAACACUAGCGCAAUUUCACAAUGGUGCAGAAUGUCAUAGCAGUGCAGAUCUCGCUCCAGGCUUUAUCUUUCACAGUUCUAUUCCAAUACUUGACAGACUUAUUCCCCUACCCCUACGCUCUCUCCCUAUCCCUACAUUUAGCCCUCCAAACGGAGAGUUAUGAAAAAAUACUGUCUUCAGAUUCGGACGUUACUCCCACUUGAUGACGUCAUCAAUAGGCGCCGGUCAGCUACUUUAGCGCAGAGGUGCUAGCAGUCGGAAAUACAUAACAUCAGUUAUAUAAUAACUUAAAAAAAGGUCAUGCUAAAACAAAAAGUAAUUACCUACAUUUAAAUGUAAACUUCCCUGCUUCAGAGCAUGCCCCUGCGACACGAAAUGCCCUCGUAGCCUAGCCUUUAAAAAAAACUAUUUCGGACAACCCUACCUCUUCAAAUGCCCCUACAAUUGUAGUGGUUGGGUGAAGCCGAAGGGGUAGAGAAAGAAUUUGGAUUCUGCCUUGGUGUUCUGGCAUUCAAUGACCGUGCGUUUUGUAUGUAGCUACAAUGUGGAGCUACAUUGCGAAGCUACAAUGAACAUCUACCGUAGCUACAUUGUGUAACUACAGGUUACUGUAGUUAUGUUGUUGGCUAUGGUAGCUAUGUUGCCUAGCUUCAUGGCAUAGCUACCGUAGUUAUGUUACGUAGCUAGCGUAUUUAUGCUGCAUAGCUAUGGUAGCUAUGUUGCCUAGCUACGUUGCUUAGCUACCAUUUAUGGUGCAAUGCUACUGUAUUUACGUUGCGUAGCUACGGUAGCUAUGUUGCCUGGCUACAUUGCCUAGCUACCAUAGUUAUGUUGUGAAGCUACGAUAGUUGCGCUGCGUAGCUACCAUAGUUACAUUAUGCAACUACCAUAGUUACGUUGCGUAGCUUCGGUAGCUAUGUUGCCUAGCUACCGUAUUUACGUUGCGUAGCUAUGGUAACUAUGUUGCCUAGUUAUAUUCCGUAGCUACCAUAGUUACGUUGCAUUGCUACCAUAGUUACGUUGCAUUGCUACCAUAGUUACGUUGUGUAGCUACCAUAGUUACGUUGCAAAGCACCAUAGUUACGUUGUGUAGCUACCAUAGUUACGUUGCAUAGCUACCAUAGUUACGUUUCAUAUUACCUACCAUAGUUACAUUGCAGAGCACCAUAGUUACGUUGCAUAGCUACCAUAGUUACGUUUCAUAUUAGCUACCAUAGUUACGUUGCAUUGCUACUGCAGUUAUUGUUAUGCAGCUACCGUAGUUAUGUUGCGUAGCUACCGUUGCUGCAUGUAAACAUGGAAGCCUGAAUUGUGUGUUUACAAAGACUUUUCAGUCGAAGUGGUAGCUUGAACACUUGUGAGAACAUAACAUCACAUUAAUUACAUUUAAAUUAAAUAAAUAUAUGGUGGAAUAAAAAGGGAAACUCCUCUUCACUCCCCCAGAGUGCAUCUAGUUCUCUGUCAGUUUGGUUCCAAAACAUUACUGUCUAAAACGCUGUUGUUACUUGGUCUCUCCAGACUCUGAAUGCAUCCUCAGUCAUAUUUUAGCAAACCUAACAAACUCCACUAAACAGUCUGUUUCCGUUGGAAGAAAAAGAUCAAGAAACCCCUGUUAGAUCUGAUUGUAACGCGAGGACGAGAUGCUUCUCCUCCAGAACUGACGGUUGAAUGAAAAAUACUUCUCCACAAGCCAGGAAGCACUUGAUUUGAACCAUUAAAAUAAACGUGAUUGAAAAGAAACUAUUUUAUUAUUUAGCAUAACUCGUGUAGAAAACCUACCAACUUAUUCAAGUAAGAAUUCAGAAACCGCUUUCUUCUGGUGGAACCAUACCUGGGUUUAAUGGGAGACAGGCAGGUGUUUGCGAUAAUCUGUGUGAUGCAUCCACCUGCUGCUUCCAUCUCCAUCCUCAUCUGUAGAUAGGAAUCAGAAAUGUAAUUUCUAUGAUGUAAUGUUUCUCCUUCUAAUAUGCUAAUCAGUGUACCUGUGUCAUGGAUUUGAAUCCACACUUUGUGCUGUUAAUCUGUAUUUGUUUGGUAGUUUAUAGAAAACUUGCACUAAAAAAAUGAUAGUGGCUGACUUUUUUGCCGAGAACAACGCACAGGUUCAGUGUAUUUAUGAUGUUUUUGUUAGUAUUUAGUUUACCGUGAAACACCCUGCUGUGAUUCUUAUUUUGUUUUUUUGUUUUCUGUGUUUUUUUGUUAUUCUAAUUGACCGUUUUUACCUUGAGUGUGUAAGAGUGAGCAUCCGCAUUGUGGGACCCCGCCCCCUGCUGUGCUGGUCAGUAUUUUGUUGUUGCUUUUAAAGCUGUAAAUCUGAUUUUGUGAAUGUAUGUUUUACCUCCAAAUCUUUUGUUCUGUACAUACUAACCUGCAAUACCAUCCAGCUUACACGAGAGGUCGCUAUAGGCCCUCAGAGGGAAUUGCAACAUGCUGUCCACUACUGACUGAAGUCACCAUCAGUGUUCUUAUUAAUAAAAAUCAAGAAUAACAGUC